GGAGGAAGGUGAGUGCGAGGGAGGAGUUGUACGAGAGGGGGAGGAGGAAGAUAAGAGAAUCUGUUAAAAGUUGGAGGUAAUCAGUCAUAUUUUAGGACAUGAAGUUUGAGUGUGAAGGGUGAGUUGUCUUUUUCUAUCGUCACUAUCAUUAUUUCAUUGUUUUUAGUGGUUAUGAUCUCUUUAGUGAUUAUAUAUCAUAACUCACUCAGAGCUAUUUGUUCCUUACGUCAACAAGGACUUGUGACAUGUUUGUGAAAGGCUGGGAACUUUUUUUGCCUCUGUUUUCAAGAUCGUUCCCUUGAAGAUAUAUCUGUGUCACAGGCCAAGCUGUUUGUGGAAAUGACCUUAUUUAUCUGAUUCUGGACAAUGCUUUCAAUGAGAUCUAAUGCGAGAAUCAAGAUUCAUUGGUGACUGCGUUUCUCUCAGAGGAAACAGAGGUAUUGAAAAGGAGACUUCUACCGCACACACUUUUCCAGUAACAAUUAGCAUAUCGUUACUAGCUAGUGUAAUUGGUGUCAUGACUUUAGCUGGACCUGUGCUGCCCUAGUAGUGCUUGUAGGUGGGGGUGUACCCCCCCCCUCCCCCCAGAGUUCAAAAGACAAUCCUCAUUCCCAAAGACCGAGGAGGCUACAUACUGUACGGCCAUGUCAAACUCCCAGGAACAGAGUCUGAAUAAAGACGUGAUAUUUCUGCCGGUGUCUGAGUCCAGCCCGGAGUACCUUCACUGCGAGAGGGAGCGCUAUGCGCUAGAACGCCUGCUGAGUGCGGGCCCCGAGGCCUUCUACACCACGCUGAGUGCAGAGCACCUCGUCCCAUUCCUCUCCCCAGAGGAGGUGAACCAGAUCAGUGGCAGGGUCAAGGACUACCAUAGCAGCUAUGAGGAGUUGGAGGGGGCUGAGGAGGGUGGCAGCUCAGGUGUGCAAGACUUCUCCGCCAGGUACUUCCCCACCCACUCAGACACCCCUGCACCUUGCCUGGAGCUGGGCUGGCCUGAGGGGGUCACCUGGGUGGGAAUGGGACGCGCCGUGGUCUAUACCAGCCCACCUGCAGAUGAACAGCCUCCUGUCAGAGAGAUCAUCAGAAGACUACUGCAGGGGGCUAGCAAGGUUAUUGCCAUGGUGACAGACAGACUGACAGAUAGCACUGUGAUUGGGGAUCUACGCACUAUCGCUUCACGGGGAGUCCCUGUUUACAUCAUCCUGAACCAGAGAUCCAGCCAGGAGAACCUCCCCCCUCACAGGCUGAGGCAUCCGAAUAUACAGGUUCGUGUUCUUGGAGGAAAGACCUUCUGUUCGCGGGAGGGAAAGAUAGUGAUGGGGGAUUUGAAGGACAACUUCCUCCUGGUGGAUUUGGAGACAGUGGUUAAUGGCAGCUACAGCUUCACAUGGUCAGACGCCCACCUGCAUCGGCAGCUGGUGACGGUGCUGAGUGGCCCGGUGGUGGAAUCCUUCGACCGACAGUUCCGGAUCCUCUUUGCAGCCUCACUUCCAGUUCCAGACACAUGGAAGACCGCCAAAGCCCCAAUAGACGAGCCCCAUCACCACUCAGUGCUCCUGGACCUCAACAACCGGCCCAAGUAUUUCCCCAUGGAGCCUAUCAACAGCCUCACUCCUCCCCCCCCUGCAGACUACACCCUGGAUUGGGAGGCCCUGGGCGUCAUCCACAGAGGAAGUCCUGUCAAUCAACAAGGUGAACCCAUGGACAUGAAUAUGAACAUGGAGGAACCAUUGCAACAUUUUACAGCAGUGAACAAAAAGCCACCUUUUGGGGAGGAGUUUUGUCUGAAGGACGUUGAUCACCUCACAACUACGCAUGUAUAUGAGGGGAGAAUAUGGGCCAACAAUAUCAAUUUGGAGACCGAAAUUCAGCUGGAUAAUCAAACGACUUUUAACGGAGCUUUACCCUCUCAGGAAGAGAACCAGCCGUCCACUGAAACAGAAACCCAACACAGGAUACAACCCAAAACAUAUGGCAUACACCUCUCCAAACAGAGGAGCUCUGGGGUUGAUGAGAAAGAGUCUGUGUGGCCCAGCCAAAACAAAAUGGAGACAGGCCCACGAGAAGAAGCUGUGGGCUUUCCCUCCAGAGAGAGAAGAGAUCGUCCAACUAGAAGGGAAGAUGUUAUGGCAGAGGAGUUAGGCACAGAGGCAACUGAAUCUAGAGUCAACUCUGGUGCUGAUAGCCCCUCUACAUCUAGGAGACCUCUGAUAUUGAAGGUGCCUCAAAGUGAACGCUUCAGCUCUUUGAGUGACAUCAUGAGGAGGCUGCAGCCUCAUCAGAGCUCUUCAACCCAGCUAAGGAGGGGUGCUAAGACCACCGUGUCAGAACUCAGCAGUUCCAUGAUGGACCUGAGUGUGAUGCAUACAGACCCAGGCUUUAAAGAGAAGGGACCAUCAGUGCCACGUGUAAGUUACUUUGAACCUUUUCGAAUGACCCCAGCCUUCGCCCUGAUGAGGAAGAGGAAUGAUGAGUUUAAAACGGGGAUCCUUAGGCCUCCCAAAACCUUUCUGCCUCCUACCACCAGGCCUCGCAGUGGCAGCGUUGGACUCCAGAGGGACUGGAGAAGGCCACAGAGUGACUGGGAUCUAGGGAAGGAGGAUAGAAAGUGAUUGAGUGAAGAGGAUGGAAGAGAACGGGGAAAUGUCACUAUGCGAAUGGGACAGACAAUGGUAGCUGCAUUGAGAGCAGAGUCUAGUGUUGAAUCACACGGACAAAUUUGAUGUGCAACUUCAGUGAAAAUGGUUACUGUAUUUACCUGGAAGAUGAAGCAGGGAAGCCAUCUGUUAAUGACAGCAGUUUGAAAUGUAUUGUAAUGUAAUGUAAUGGAUGUGACAAAUGUAAACUCAGUUGAUCAUCUCUCAUAAUACUGACGUUGUAGGUCCUACAAGAUGGUAAAAUGCUUAGCAGAACAAAUCUAAACAGCCACAGUAUUCAUGGUUUCAGGCCCCACACAAAUGUAUACAUACAGGUCUUCGACUAGAACAAUAGACUUCUUGACAUAUUAAUUUGUUUCUUAUGGAAUAUUGGAUUAGGACUCUUUUUCAUUAUAUGUCAAACUGAAUAAAAUAACCUUUCAUAAUGUUAA